CAGGAAGGAGCCGGCCCUGCCCGUGUGCCGCGCCCCAGGCGAGCGCCGGGGGCCCCCCCAGGAUGCUGCGGAGAUGGAGCUGGGCGCUGGCGCUGGGUGUGAGCAUCACCCUCAGCUUCGGCCUCUCCGUCCUGUGGAGGCUUCAGAGCCGUGUCUCCCUGCCGAUGGAAACAGCCUCGUUUGCUGGUCCUACAGCAGCGUCCGAGCCAGGGAUCGGCUGGCCCCCAACCUGCACCCCGACGCCCAGCCCGGAGGCCAUGGUGAUGGACGCACAGCAGUGCCGGGAGCUGGGGCAGGAACUGAGCCGGCGCGUCCUCCCGGUGAGGCUGGACGAGGCCUGGAUCUGGAGGCGGCUGAAGCUGGUGCAGAGCUGCCCCUGGGUGCAUAACGCCAGCGCCCUGGGCCGGUACAGGGAGCAGCUGGGGCGCUGCUGUAACGCGUCGGCCAACCUGGUGCUGAGCCGGGAGAACACCCCGCUGGGCUCCCGGAUCGUCUGCGAUGGGCAGCCGGCCAAGAGGCUGCUGGUGCGAGAGGAGCUGCUCGAGAUCCUGCCGCAGGGCUCCCCGUUUCAGGGCGCCCCCUACGAGUGCUGCGCCGUGGUGGGGAACGGGGGGAUCCUUCGUCACAGCAGCUGCGGCCCCGAGAUCGACCGCGCCCAGUUCGUCGUCAGGUUCAACCUGCCCCCCCCGGGCUUCGCCGCCGACGUGGGCACCAAAUCGAGUGUCGUCACCAUGAACCCCAGCAUCCUGCAUGUCCGGUUCAGGGGUCUGAGCCGCCGGCGCCGGCCGUUCGCGGAGGCGGUGGGUGCCCACGGGGCCGCGCUGCUCCUCGUCCCGGCCUUCAGCUUCGCCGCCUACACCGCGAUCUCGUUCCAGGCCCUCUACACCCUGGAGGACUUCGGCUCCCCGGCCCGCGCCCUCUUCAUGAACCCCGAGUACCUGGCACGACUGGACGGGCACUGGCGUCGCCGCGGCCUGCGCGCCAAGCGCCUCUCCUCCGGCUUCAUGCUGGUGAGCGCCGCCCUGGAGAUGUGCCGGCACCUCAUCCUCUACGGCUUCUGGCCCUUCCCCAGCGACCCCCAGGGGCGGCCUCUGCCCCACCACUACUACGACGACCAGCCCCCCAAGCCGGGCGUUCACGCCAUGCCCGAGGAGUUCACCCGGUACCUGGGCAUGCACCGGCAGGGCGCGCUGCGGCUGCAUCUGGGGCGGUGCCAGGCGGCCGCGCACAACGGGGCUCAGAGCGGGGUCUGAAAUGAGGCCCCCGGCCCCUCAACUCCACCUUACUCCCUCCCCGGGCACGAAAGGAGGAGAAUAGCCAGUGGCGUCAAUUCAUGAGGCAUUCGUUAAUUGCCCUUCGUUAAUUGCCAUUCGUUAAUUGGCUUCUCUUCAGUGCUAGUUGAUGACCAAAGUUCAUUAAUGGCAAGGUGUUCGCCGGCCUCCUUUAAUUACCAUUUAAUUAUCACAGUUCCUUCGCUAUGGGUUGUCCGCUGGCCUGUUCAUCGCUGUUUAGUGAUUGCAGUUAGUUAAUAACUCUUAAUUGCGAUUUAAUUAUCGCAGUUCGUUAGGCAACCACCCUUCAUGGACAGCUGUGGCUGGCUAGUGAGUCCUGGCGGACGGCUCCUGGCAGUUAGUCCUUCACCGGCUGUUUGUCACUCAUGAAGGCUCUUCGGUGAUUGCGCUUCAUUGGGGGGGAGGGGUCGCCCCCCCUGGGUGCAGUCUGCGCCCCCAACACUCGCGCUGCUCUGCCGGUCACUCAGCCACGCGGCAGCAGGGGGCGCCGCACACCCACCUCGGCGACCUGAGUGCUUUACCGAAGCCACUCGCAGCUCGACCCUAUCAGCCCCGGCCAAUCCCCAGCCCC